UGGAAGACCUAGACGCUGGAGUUAUUUUCAUAGACAAUUUUGAGCAGGAGUAUCAUGAUUUCUAUGAUAUAGAUUGGGACAAUGAGAUCAAGCCCAAUGUGCAAUCUAGAACGUUAAAAAAUUCAGGUCGUACGACAUCGGCUGGAAGUACCAGCAUCGAUUCAAAUACGGAAAAGCCUUUCUUCCAAAGUGAAGUGGACGAGGAUAAAAUAGCGAACACAGAUGAAUAA